AUGAACCCACCUCCUCAUCAACAGAAGACCAAGGAGGUGAACCACCUCCUCAUCAACAGAAGACCAAGGAGAAUGAACCACCCCUCAUCAACAGAAGACCAAGGUGAUGAACCACCUCCUCAUGCACAGAAGACCCAAGGAGAUGAACCACCUCCUCAUCAACGACGGACCAAGGAGAUGAACCACCUCCGCAUCAACAGAAGACCAAGGAAUGACCACCUCCCUCCAUCAACAGAAAAGACCAAGGAGAUGAACCACCUUCUCAUCAACAGAGAUACAAAGGAGAAGAACAAACCUCCUCCAUCAACAGAAGACCAAGGAGGUUGA